GGCGGGGCUGGCUCGCGCGGCGGUUGAAGCGGCGCUUGGAGCGGGCGGGAGCGGCGCUGUCCGGGUGGGGACUGCGAUCGGGACGGGGACCUCCGCGCUCGGGAUGGGCCCGGCUGGGUCCCGUCGUGCCCGCGGAAUUCUAGCUGGAGUGCCCCUUGCUUUGAGAAGCAGAAUGACUGUCUCAUGGCACUGUUCUGAGGAAAGGGCAUAGAAAGUCUGUCACUGCUCUUUGCCUAAGGUGUGUAGUAAAAAUGGUGCAGAAAUACCAGUCCCCAGUUCGGGUCUACAAGUAUCCUUUUGAGCUCGUCAUGGCAGCAUAUGAGAAACGCUUUCCUACAUGUCCAGAGAUCCCAGUCUUCCUGGGGAGUGAAAUCCUUCAUGAAUCCAGGAGUGAUGAUGGAGCUAUACAUGUCAUUGAACGGAGCUGCAAACUGAAUGUGGAUGCUCCUAGGCUGCUGAAGAAGAUUGCAGGGGUAGAAUAUGUGUUUUUCAUCCAGAAAAACACAGUCAACUGGAAAGAGCGAACUCUCCGCAUUGAAGCCCACAACGAGACUUUUGCCAACCGUGUUGUCGUUCUUGAGACAUGUAGCUACUCAGUUCACCCUGAGAAUGAAGAGUGGACUUGCUUUGAACAAUCUGCAUCUCUCGACAUCAAGUCAUUUUUCGGUUUUGAAAGCACAGUGGAAAAGAUUGCCAUGAAGCAGUAUACCUCAAACAUCAAGCGGGGCAAGGAGGUGAUUGAACACUAUCUGAAGGAGCUGAUCUCCCAAGGGAUCACGUUCAUCCCCCGCUGGACACCUCCCUGUGUGUGUGAGCAGAAGGAUGAGCAAACCCCAGCUGCUGGAGAUGCUGCUGAUGCUGCUGUGGCCCUUGACUCUGGAGCUCUUGGAACUACCAAAGAGCAAACUGGCAGCUCCUGCCUUCCAGCAGAGGCUCUCAGCUCUGAUGGUGACAAGCUGGAUGCUGAUUACAUCGAGCGCUAUCUGGGCCAGCUGACCCCAAUGCAGGAGAGCUGCUUGAUCCGCCUGCGCCAGUGGCUGCAAGAGACGCACAAAGGCAAGAUCCCUAAAGAUGAACAUAUCCUUCGGUUCCUGCGGGCACGGGACUUCAACAUCGACAAGGCUCGAGAAAUGCUCUGCCAGUCGCUGUCUUGGCGCAAGCAGUACCAGGUGGAUUACAUCCUCCAGUCCUGGAGGCCUCCAGCCCUCCUAGAUGAAUACUACACUGGAGGGUGGCAUUACCAAGACAAAGAUGGACGACCACUCUACAUCCUUCGUCUUGGCCAGAUGGACACAAAAGGUUUGGUGAAAGCUUUGGGAGAGGAAUCAUUGUUGCGACAUGUUCUGUCAAUUAAUGAGGAAGGACAAAAGAGGUGUGAGGAAAACACCAACAUCUUUGGCCGCCCCAUCACAUCCUGGACAUGUCUGGUGGACUUGGAAGGAUUGAAUAUGCGGCAUCUCUGGCGGCCUGGAGUUAAGGCCCUGCUUCGGAUAAUUGAGGUUGUGGAGGACAACUACCCUGAGACUCUGGGGAGACUGUUGAUAGUGCGAGCACCCAGGGUUUUUCCUGUGCUCUGGACUUUGGUUAGUCCCUUUAUCAAUGAGAACACAAGACAGAAGUUCCUCAUUUAUAGUGGGAAUAACUAUCAGGGUCCAGGAGGGCUGGUCGAUUAUGUGGACAAAGAUGUGAUCCCAGACUUCCUGGGAGGAGACUGUAUGUGUACUGUCCCAGAAGGUGGCCUUGUUCCCAAGUCACUUUAUCAAACAGAAGAUGAGUCAGAGAACUCGGAUCACAUCCGGUUAUGGACAGAAACUAUCUAUCACUCUGCAAGCGUCCUCAAAGGAGCUCCACAUGAGAUAGUUGUGGAGAUUCUGGAAGGGGAAUCUGUCAUCACAUGGGAUUUUGACAUCCUGAAGGGAGAUGUGGUGUUCAGCCUCUUCCACUCCAAACGAGCUCCUGAAACAAGUCACAAAGAAGCCACGUUACCAAGUACCUCUGCUGCUGGGGACAAUAUGCAGCUGAUUGACAAGACGUGGGUCCUUGGGGUGGAUUACAGCCAUAUGGAAUCUCCACUGGUUUGCCGGGAAGGAGAAAGCAUCCAGGGAUCUCAUGUCACUCGCUGGCCUGGCUUUUAUAUUCUCCAGUGGAAGAUGCAUGGCCCUCCCCCCUGUGCUGCCACCACCCUCCCUCGGGUGGAUGAUGUUCUUGCCUCUCUGCAAGUUUCCAGUCACAAGUGCAAGCUUAUAUACUACUACGAGGUGCUUGCAUCCAAGGACUUCAGGGGAUCCAUGUCGAGUCUGGAAUCUUGUAACAGUGGUUUUUCCCAGCUGAGUGGAGCCACCACGUUGUCCAGCCAGUCCCAGAGCAGCUCCCAUCUUUCUAGAUAGCAGGGCUGAGGCUGCAGCAGUAAGGAAGAGUCACCCAGGGCCUCCUGGCCCCCUAGAGCUGCUCUGUGCACCAAACCAAAGAGCCUCCAGCGGCUGAGCAUGGAGGCAGUUGUUUGCCUGACCACAGGGAGCAGCCAUUUGGACACAGAGAGGCUUCUGGGAGCUGCUGUGAGCAUCGAACAUUAUUCAUAUGGCAGACUUAGAAAUCUUUAUAUCAGAUGUCUACUUCUCAGUAGUCUUUUUCACAAAUGGGUUUUGGAUGAAUGUCAGUUUGCAUGAAUCUGUGUUAUUCCACUUUGAAAGGGCUCUUUCCAGUCAGUCCUUUUCCUAUGUAGAGGAGACUGAUGUUGCCUUAUCUGUUUGCUCUGUAGGACUAUUCAUGUAGCAAAACAAAUCUAGUUUCCUGGGUGCCCAGGGUGGCAGUUACACAUCAGAGUGUGAAAUGGGCACUUCAAGUGCAAGGACUUAAACUGGAAAUUCCUUUAUACAGAGAGGAUUCUUCAAAAAUCAGUUCCAGGGUCAAACCUAAAACCUCUUCUGAUUUGACAGGAUGCUACUAGGAAAUAGGCUGGAUUUUUUUUAACCCACUGAGACACAAGUCAUAAUGGGUUUUGAGAAGGCAAUCUGACUCCAGCAAGCAGCAUCUUUCUGAAGGACUACUGUUCCUCUUUCCUCAGGUUUAUAAGCAAUAAUGAGUAGAUCCAACCUAUCUCAUCAAAGUGGAUGGGAGGUGAAUCAUUAUCAAGGGCUAAGAAAAGCAAUAUUUUAUUUCCUGAAGGCACAGAAUUUUAUGGCAGUAUUAUAGACCUUGCUUUAUUAAAACACAAGUUAACUUGAAGAGAAAACUUUAAGAAAAGGCAUGUAUGUAUUUAAGCUCUUACUGAAAGGUAUUUAUUCAAAUAAUAGCUUAUCUAAGUUAAUUUUUAACUUAUUUGUAACUUCAGAAAUGACUAUUUAUUAAAUCCAGUCACCUUU